AGCACGUCCAGUGUUUUGGGCGGGUGUUUCUGACGUAGCUGCGUCUCUUCUUUACGCGCAGCGCGAGCACCGAGGAGGAGGAGGGAAGCAGAAAAUGGCGGACGGUGUUGACCACAUCGAUAUUUACGCCGACGUAGAAGAGGAAUUUAACCAGGAAUCCGAUUAUCCUGUUCAUGAACAGAUUGACCUGUAUGAUGAUGUCAUUUCACCAUCUGCCAACAACGGCGACGCACCUGAGGACCGGGAUUACCUGGAUACCCUGCCUGCACCGGGAGGAUCCGAGGGGAACAAAGGAGCUCCACCGAAUGUCGUCUACACCUACACUGGCAAAAGAAUAGCUCUGUACAUUGGCAACCUCACAUGGUGGACCACUGAUGAAGAUUUGACCGAUGCUAUUCGCUCAAUCGGCAUCAAUGAUGUGCUGGAGAUCAAGUUUUUUGAGAAUCGAGCAAAUGGGCAGUCAAAAGGGUUUGCUCUGGUCUGCGUGGGUUCAGACUCCUCGUCCAGGAAGUUGAUGGAUCUGCUGUCUAAACGGGAGCUGCAUGGACAAAACCCCAUCGUCACCCCUUGCAACAAACAGUCGCUCAGCCAGUUUGAGAUGCAGUCGCGAAAAAGCACACAGUCCGGGCAGAUGUCUGGAGAGGGGAAGGCUGGGCCUCCAGGCUCAGGACCUCGCAGUGGAUUCCCACUCGGGAAGAAUCGAGGCCGGUUUCCCACCCCACCUGGCCCGGGAGGAGACCGCUUUCCUGGACCCGUUGGACCUGGUGGACCUCCACCACACUUCCCAGGCAUGCAAGGCCCACCGCCCCCUCGAUCAGGCCCACCUGGGCCUCCGGGCCCCCGGCCCCCUCCACCCGGACAAGGUCUGCCGCCACCACUCGGUGGUCCUCCUAACAGAGGAGAUCGUCCUCCUCCACCAGUCAUGUUUCCUGGUCAGUUUGGUCAGCCUCCUAUGGGUCCAAUGCCUCCUGGCCCGCCCCCACCUGGAUACGGGCCUCCCCCAGGCCCCCCUCCACCACAGCAGGGUCCACCCCCUCCGGGACCCUUUCCUCCCCGCCCACCUGGGCCCUUAGGACCCCCACUUGGCCUUGCACCUCCACCACACAUGCAGGGACCCCCGCCUGGAGGUCCACCACCAGCCCCUCACGUUAACCCAGCCUUCUUCCCACCGCCUGGGAACAACAACAUGCCAUCGUCCGACAGCAGGGGCCCACCGCCGGGUGACCCGUACGGCCGCCCGCCCCCAUACGACAGAGACUAUGGCCCUGGUGGCAGGGACAUGGAUUCGUCUCGUGCUCCUCUGAGCGAAGCAGAGUUUGAGGAGAUCAUGAAUCGUAACAGGGCGAUCUCCAGCAGUGCUAUCUCGAGGGCAGUGUCAGAUGCAAGUGCAGCUGAUUACGGCAGUGCUAUAGAGACUCUGGUGACGGCCAUCUCUUUGAUCAAGCAGUCGAAGGUUUCUGCUGAUGACCGCUGUAAAGUUCUCAUUAGCUCAUUGCAGGACUGCUUGCAUGGAAUCGAGUCAAAAUCCUAUGGCUCUGCGUCAAGCAGGCGGGAACGAUCCAGGGAGAGGGACCACAGUCGCUCUCGUGACAAGCGUCACCGCAAGUCUCGCAGCCGAGACCGACACGAAGACUAUUACAGGGAGCGCAGCCGUGAGAGGGACCGUCACCGCGAGCGCGAGCGUGACCGUGACCGCGAAAGAGACAGAGAACGUGAGCGAGAGUACCGCCGUUAGUUGGAGAGGAAGGUGUGUAUCCUGUUUGUCUCUCUGUCUUUGUCUUUCUUAAUUCUUCCUUCAGGAUUUAGAUGUUCAUGCAUCUCAUCCGGCAGCGGUCGGGAUCACAGGUACGUGAUCGGAGAAGGUAAGUCCCUGAAUCUACAAUGUAAUAACAAGUACUGUCACUUUUCCCUACAGCUAAUCUAUUUUUUUUUUUUUUUUUCCUUUUUAUUUUACGAAUGUAGCGUGAUCUGAGUACGCUGAUCCUUAAAACUUGUGUACCUGGUCUUGAAGCCAUUUAAUGUGCAAUAUCCGCUCCAGCAACCAUAAACUGUCUCACAGUUGUGUCGAUGAUAUCCAAUUUGUCUUUAAAAAGUAUUUUAUAUGUAUUGCAACAUUUUAUUAAAAAAAAAAAAAAAAAAAAAAAAA